CCCUCUUCUUUCAGAUGCACUCUGUCCUCUCGGCAGUUGGAGAGUAGAGAGGAGGGAGGCACGAUGACAUUCAGGAGAAGGACAGAAUUGUUACUGAAAUCCUGAUCAAAAUAAAAGGUAGCACUAAAUAUCAAGACACGUCCGUCAGAUGUCAUAUCUUGAACGGAUCGGCCGAGGAAAAACGGAAGAUUUAUUGUUUUGUUCAGCGGUAAAUCUCAGGAAAAGAUGGUAAUUCUGGUCAUCGGUUUACCUCCUGGUCAGCUGGAUUAAAGUGCCACUUCUGAAGUCUGCUGCCUUGUCUACAUAGAACAUCUUUGGUUCCAGAAAGUGGUAUGGCCCCAGCGCUGACCAAAAUCCUUAAAGAUGGCCAUGGGAUCCACCUGUCCUCACCCCCAGCCUCAGUCAAAAUAGACUCGGAUGGGUCAGCCAUGCGCAGCACAGAUCUGGAUGUUCAGCUCAUUUCCACAGAUGAAGGUGACCUCCAGAAGAUGUGGCUGAACCUUUCUAUGAUCCCCUCUCUGAACUCCUUCCUUCCCAUGAGCCCCCUGGAUGUCCCAGCAAACCCUGUGCUCACCCCAUGUUUGCAGACUCUCCCUAGCCAGGGUGAGAGUUUGCUCUUCCAUAGCCCGGCUCACCUCUUUAGCCUCCUCUCCUCCAACAAAGGCCUGAGAGAUUCUCAGCAGGUGGCCUCUGCGUUCCCAGGUGUACCAGACAUGUUUUUAGUCCCUGUCCCUGAGGACAAUAGCCAAGAGGCCUCUCUGCUGCAGGGAUGCAGUGCAGUGCCAGAUGGUGGUGAUGUGCAUCACUUCCCUCUUUCCUUUCUUCAUUCGUACUCCCAUGGGGGAAAAAAGCACCAGGACUACACUCCCGCCCUUACACCCCUGCCUUCAUUGACUCAGGAGAGAGAGGCUGGAAUUGGCUGUCUUAUUCCAUCAGAGCAGCCUUUCAGGGUCAGGGUGAGCUCUGACCAGCCAGCACCCAGAGCUGUGCCGGGUGAAGCUGUGAAGGAGCAGCUCUGCAGGCAGGCAGGGCUAUGCAGCCGAGCUAAGAGGCUGCAGACGAGACUGCAAGCCCUGCUAGUGGAGCACACUCUAUCACACUGCGACCAGCAGCUGGAGGGACUGAAGAGCCACUGCCAACUUGAACAUGAGUCUUUUGAAAGUCUGAAUUCCAUACAUUCUGGCAUUCUACCUCCACAACUGGAUUUCAGUCCCCAGUUUUCUUGGCAAGAAUCGUCCACAGCCACGUUAUCCUUUGAAGAGCUCAGGGAGUUCAGCUUCUGCAGCCAGGCGGUGCUGAGAGGCCUUCAGGAGGCUUUGGACUCGGAGGCUACGGCCAGCAGCAGCUCUGAUGAGGAAGAAACGGAGGAUAAACAACACAGCAAGCGCAGGACUUCACCUGUCUGCAGCAGCAGCAGCAGCAGAGGCAGCAGUGAGAGGUUGUGGCUGGAGGAGAGAGCAGAGCUGGGCAGCAGGUGGAGCUGGUUGCAGGUGCGUCUGACAGAACUGGAGGGGAGGAUACAACAACUGAUGGGGCUCCACAAGCACAUCCGCUCUACCAAGGGUGGUGUGGUGCUUGCACAGUCCCAGCCCAUGACUGACAGACAGAUUCAGCACACCCUGCUGAGAGAAAUGGUGGGGUUAUCCGGCAGCGCUUCGGAUGUUGACACUGAACACUGCAGCCCUACACGCCUUCUGCAUAACAUAGAGAGACAGAGUGCUCAGCUCAGCCAGAUUGUCAACAGUCUGAUGACUCCCCUCAGCUUUUCACCGCUUUCAAAACAACCACACAGCUGGAGAGGCAAGGGGAGCUUCACAAGUGGUCAGAAAGGUGGUGAUGUUUUGAUGCCUGGGAGCUUUAAGACAAGGAGGCCAGGGAUCAGGAGGCUCUUCAAAGCUGAUUUGUCGUACGUGUGCGCUCGAACCCGACCCCUGGUCACCUACCACAAGCCGAGACUGUUCUCUUUCAAGAGCCGCAGCCCCAGAAGUCCACAGGACUCCGGAACGUCCACAUCUUCUCUCUCCUCCUCUCUUUCGUCAUCUUCCUGUUCACAUUGUUCCUCCUGUGACCCCAUAGUAUCAUGCUUUGAUCCUGGCUGCAGCUCCAGUAGGGUGCAGCAAACCAGGACCUCCAGCUCCACACAUCACCCUGUGUCGUCUUCAUCGUUUGACACUCCUCUGUCCCGACCCACGAAGGAAGCCCAAAACAGAGAAGAAUGGUUCCUAAGGCCUUUGGUUAUCACUGCUCAAGCCUCCAGCCCAACACUCUGCAAAAGACGCAGCUCCACACCACUGAACAACAGUCACAAAAACAAGCACCAUGGAAGGCAUCAUAAGAGCAGAGUUAUUGGCCUGUCACCAAUCAGGAUGGCAGGCUCUGCUGCCAGUCAACACAGGAGAGCCAAUCAGAGGAAGAGAAAGAGAAGACACAUCCAGAGGCUAAUAGAAGAUGAGGAUGUCCUGUACCAGCUUUAUGACCCAGAGGACAGCUCGGAUGACAUUCAGGAGGACGGCUGCACACAGGUCUCACACAAGCAGGUUUCACGGGGCUGCGUUCGCAAACGCCAGGGAGAGAGCGUGUACAACAUCAACAACAUUGUCAUCCCUAUGUCCGUGGCUAAAGUGGAAAAGUUGCAGUACAAAGACAUCCUCACACCAAGUUGGCGCAUGCUUGAUUCCUCAUCUCAGAUAAACAGGGAGGAAGAAAAGGAAACAAAAAUUGAGGAGGGAGAAGAUCUCACUGAUGAAGCCUUUGUCCAGAGACAUGUGACCUCAGAGCAGAGAGAGAAAAUGCGCUGGUCAUCCUGGGGAAAGAGAAAAUGCUGCAGGCAAUCCAACAGAUCUGGCAGCAGGCUGUCAAGCAGUGGAGGCGGGAUGUGCACAUCAGGAGAGGAGAGCUCUGUGGAGUUGAGUUGUGCUCAGCUGGAUACAGACGAACAGCAAAGCCUAGAGGAGUGGCUGCAGCCUCAGACGCCUUGGAAGCCUCGAACGUUUCCUUUGGGCGAUGAUGAGGAAGAAGCACUGCUCCCUGAUAAUCUGGAAAAGGCCCCACCAGGCUGGCCAGAGUGUUGCUCUGUCUCCUAUACAUCAAAGAACUCCAUGUGCCAGCUCUCCCCAGCUCUGUCUUCUGGUGCUACACUGCCAUCUCGUGGAAAGAGCAAGGCCAGCACAGACAAUGGCAGUUGAGAUAAAGCAUUGCUUCAUUCUUUGCAUCCUCUCAUUCAGUGAUUUGUGCAUUCAAUCAUCUGUCUGAUCUCACAUUGGGGACCACAAGAAGACGACGAGUCCUUUUAAACCCUAAUUUGAAUACAUUCCACAAAUACAUUAA